AAAGCGUUGGAGGUUUCCGCGCAUUUGAUUGGCGGAGCCUGCGCGCUAGUCUUCGCUGAUUGGUGCCGGGGAAAUCUGGCCCAUAGACACCCGCGGGGCGCUCAGUUUCAGUUGUUCGUUUGUUUCCCGCUGGUCGCCAGUUUUGUGCUGUAAUCAUGGCGGACGUGGUGGAGAUGCCCAGAUCGCGCAUCAAUGCCAGCAUGCUAACUCAGUACAUCGACCGGCCCGUCUGCUUCGUAGGGAGGCUGGAAAAGAUUCAUCCCACUGGAAAAAUGUUUAUUCUUUCAGAUGGAGAAGGAAAAAAUGGAACCAUUGAGUUGAUGGAGCCUCUUGAUGAAGAAAUCUCUGGAAUUGUGGAAGUAGUUGGAAGAGUAACGGCCAAGGCAACCAUCAUGUGUGCAUCUUAUAUCCAGUUUAAAGAAGAUAACAAUCCUUUUGAUCUUGGACUUUACAAUGAAGCUGUGAAAAUUAUCCAUGAAUUCCCUCAGUUUUUUCCUUUAGGGAUUGUGCAGUAUGAUUAAUCUUAAUGUAUUUUUUUUAUGAUUGUAAAUGAGACUACAUUGGAGACUAUAUAAAAGGAUUUUCAUGUUUCAAGGAGAGAUUCCUCUGAUUUAUAAUAUUUAAUUUGCUCUUUUCUGAAUUUUAUUUACCUAACUUUAAAUAUUUCAAUCUGCAGUUUCUGAUGGAAUUGUUAUAUUGACAGUUGUUAUCUAAGUUAUUUUACAAAGAAUUGCUUCUCUGGUAUAUGGUCACAUUAGAUGUAAGAACAAAGCAAUUGUCUGAGUUUAGGUUUCUAUUUUAUAAAUAAAAAUUAAAAUGGUAUGUACUAUUGGUCAUUUCAUUUUUAUUCUUUUAGUCACGUAUUCUAGCACAAACUUGGAAUUGCAUAGCUUGUAAGUUCAGGACUUAGACCUGACCAACUGUGUUAAAGAUUUACUCACCAUUCUCAUAGACUAUAUUAUGUUAAUUAUUUCCUUGAAACUCUACUGAGAAAGUGAUUUUGAGAAAUUCAAAGAGCAAACAGAACCCUGUAUCUUCUGUAAUGUGUAAAGUAUCUCUUUUUCUGGAUUUUAAAACAGAUCAUUUACUAGUGCCAAAAAGGGAUACGUGACCAUUAAAAGAAUUGGUGGAAUCAUUUUUUUUUUUUUUCUUCCUUCUGCCAUUAUUAUCCUUAGUAUGGAAUUCCUGUCUACCACCAAGUAAUGUUGGGGGUGGUCAGGGAGGGGUGUGUUAGGUGUGGG